CUGCCGCCGCCUCCUCCUCCGCCUCCCUCGCAGGGACCUGCAUCCCGCUCGUCCAAUCACGGCCCGCGCUGCCUGCGCCACGUGACCCCGGCGGGCUGAGGGGACCUGCUGCUUCCCAACGCCAGAGGGAUGGGCGGCAGAGCAGGAGAGGAGGCAGCGGCUGCGGAGCUGCGAGGUGCCUUGACUCUCUUUUCCCCAAGCCCAGCCCAGCCCGACCCCUUUAUGGCAGCGGCUGCUCCUGCCUCCUGGUCCUCCUCCUCCUCCUCUCUUCUUCCUUCUGACCAUCCCUGCUCAUGCCGUUCCCCGGGCUGGGCCAGGCCCCUGGAUAUCUCUGCUGAAACUCUCAGGAUCAUCAUCAUCACCACCACCACCCUCGGUAUCAUCAACAUGCCAGGACUUGGGUGCCUCUUCCUAACCUGCUGUUGGCUGGGGCCCCCGGGAUGCUAAGGAUCCCCCCGUCAGCCCGAGAGAGCCAUUCGCUUUUUGGGGGAAGCUGCUGUUCCCUCUUGCUGCGGCUGCAGAGUUGAGUUACGAAGUCAUGGUGUUGUGGGAAUUCCCCCCACCUCGGCAGUGGAGCAGCGGCUGGACACUUUGCGAUUGCUUUUGCUGGUUGCUCCUGCCGGUGUUGUUUCUCAUCGUAGCCCGACCGGCGAAACUUGCAGCUUUCCCUACCUCCUUAAGUGACUGCCAAACGCCUACCGGCUGGAAUUGCUCUGGUUAUGAUGACAGAGAAAAUGAUCUCUUUCUCUGCGACACCAAUACCUGUAAAUUUGACGGAGAGUGCUUAAGAAUUGGAGACACCGUGACUUGCGUCUGUCAGUUCAAGUGUAACAGUGACUUCGUGCCUGUGUGCGGCUCCAACGGCGACACCUAUCAGAACGAGUGCUACUUGAGACAGGCUGCCUGCAAGCAGCAAAGCGAAAUCCUUGUGGCGUCAGAAGGAUCGUGUGCCACUGAUGCAGGCUCUGGAUCUGGGGAUGGAGGCAGUGAAGGUUCUGGAGAAACCAUUCAAAAGGAAACAUCCACCUGCGACAUUUGCCAAUUUGGGGCAGAGUGCGAUGAAGAUGCAGAGGAUGUUUGGUGCGUGUGCAACAUUGACUGUUCUCAGACCAACUUCACUCUCUGCGCUUCCGAUGGGAAAUCUUAUGAUAAUGCGUGCCAGAUCAAAGAAGCGUCGUGCCAGAAACAGGAGAAAAUUGAAGUCAUGUCUUUGGGUCGAUGUCAAGAUAACACAACCACCACUACAAAGUCAGAAGAUGGACAUUACGCAAGAACGGAUUAUGCAGAGAAUGCCAACAAACUAGAAGAAAGCGCCAGGGGAAUCUACAUUCCUUGUCCAGAACAUUAUAACGGCUUCUGCAUGCAUGGAAAAUGUGAACACUCUGCUAAUAUGCUGGAACCAUCUUGCAGGUGUGACGCAGGCUACACUGGAGAACACUGUGAAAAAAAGGACUACAGCGUUUUAUAUGUGGUUCCUGGCCCUGUACGAUUUCAGUACGUCUUAAUAGCAGCAGUGAUUGGAACAAUCCAGAUUGCUGUCAUCUGUGUUGUAGUCCUCUGCAUUACAAGGAAAUGUCCCAGGAGCAACAGAAUUCACAGGCAGAAGCAAAACACAGGGCACUACAGUUCAGACAACACAACAAGAGCAUCAACCAGGUUAAUUUAAACGAGAGCAUGUUUCCACAAUGGCAAAAAGUAAACUGCAGAGAGGUUGGACUUUCAAAAAAAA